UGUAACCAGGGAAGAAUGAAUCUACUAUCUCCUUCUUCCCCCCUGCGUCUCCUAAGCCCAGCCGGCUGAGAGGGGUAUAACCUCCGCCCUGGAAGACUCUGCCGGAGACUACGAGCUUCGUAGUCGAGGGCCAGCUACCUAGAUCACACUGCCUUUGACAAAACGUGACUUGCUAAAUUUCAUGUGCCUGAAUUUUUAGAGAUGAUGUAUAUAUCAGUGUCCUGCAAUUUCCAAUGUACUGUAACUCCCAACUGAAAUGGCAAUCUUCUGAUUCAAUGCAAGCAAUCCAUUCUGCCGCCUCCGACUCCAAGGGCGCCAGUGGAUGGUUGGAUGCGGCUCGAGGGCUUCCAGCCUCGCCGUCCAACGGCCACGAUGCAGCACAAACACAAAAGCGUGCCGCUGCGUGCGCUCGGCUGGCCAUCGAUUCGCGCCGCGGCCGGCCGCCGCCUCCACCUCGCGCUCGCGCUCGCAGACCGCGGCCGCCGCCGCAGCGUUUGAUGUCAGCGAGGCUCGUGCCCCGCGUCACCCCGCUCCUCCCGCACCGCCCGAGACCGAGCCCGGCCAUCGCCCCCUCCCUCGCGGCGUCGCUCGCGCGCGUGCUCGCCGCGCGCUCCACCGACCCGACCUGGUCCCGCUCCCUCGCGGCGCUCCUCCCUGCCCCGCUCCCCGACGCGCGCCUCGCCGCCGCCGUCUCCGCGCUCGGGGACGCCGACCCGGACCUCGCGGUCGCGCUCCUCUCCUGGCACCGUGCCCACCACCACUGCCAUGGCGGCACCCCGCUCGCCCACUCGGCGCUGCUCCGCCUCCUCGCCCGCGCCCGCCGCUUCGACGCCGCGGACGCCGCGCUCCGCUCCAUGUCCCUCGCGGGGGUUACGCCCACGCGCGGGAGCCUCGGCGCGCUCGCCGCCGCCUACGCCGACGCCGGGAUGGAAGCGAAGGCCGCCGAGGCGUGCGCGCGCGCCAGGGACCUGCACGGCGCGCUCCCCGACGCGCCGCACUGCAACCGCCUGCUCAGGCUCCUCGUGGACCGCCGACGGUGGGAGUGCGCCCGGAGGCUGUACGGCGAGAUGCUCGCCCGGGACCGGGAGGGCGGCGCGGAUGACUACAGCACCUGCGUCAUGGUCCGCGGGCUGUGCCUGGAAGGGCGGGUGGAGGAGGGGAGGCGCCUCAUUGAGGCCAGGUGGGGAGAAGGGUGCGUCCCGGGCGCAGUGUUCUACAACGUGCUGAUCGAUGGCUACUGCCGACGCGGGGACGUCGGGAGGGGGUUGCUGCUGUUGGGCGAGAUGGAGAUGAAGGGGAUCAUGCCAACUGUGGUGACAUAUGGUGCUAUCAUUCACUGGCUCGGGAGGAAAAGCGAUUUGACGAAGAUUGAGAGUUUGCUUUGGGAGAUGAAGGAGAGAGGGCUGUCCCCCAACGUGCAGAUUUACAACACUGUGAUUUAUGCAUUGUGCAAAUGCCGAUCGGCGUCACAGGCAUUGGCUGUUCUGAACCAGAUGGUUGCAAGCAGGUUUGACCCGGAUGUCGUCACAUUCAAUACUUUGAUAGCAGCGUUUUGCCGGGAAGGGGAUGUUGAAGAGGCUCUGAAACUUUUGAGGGAGGCCAUUAGGAGGGAGUUGGAACCGAAUCAGUUAAGCUAUACUCCUUUGAUUCAUGGCUUCUGCGUCAGAGGAGAGGUGAUGGUUGCAUCGGAUUUGCUUGUGGAAAUGAUUGGAAGAGGGCAUACUCCGGAUGUGGUUACACUUGGAGCAUUAAUACAUGGCCUUGUUGUUUCCGGGCAGGUUGAUGAGGCUUUGAUGGUCCGGGAAAAGAUGGCAGAGAGACAGGUGAUGCCUGAUGCUAACAUAUAUAAUGUGCUGAUUAGUGGUCUAUGCAAGAAACGGAUGCUUUCUGCAGCUAAGAACCUUCUUGUAGAGAUGCUUGAGCAAAAAGUCCAGCCUGAUAAAUUUGUAUAUACUACUCUGAUUGAUGGAUUCAUUAGAAGUGACAAACUCAGUGAUGCGAGGAAAAUAUUUGAGUUCAUGGAAGAAAAAGGUGGCUAUCGUGAUAUUGUAGCCUACAAUGCUAUGAUAAAAGGAUAUUGUAAGUCUGGAAUGAUGAAUGAGGCGGUUAUGUGCAUGAGCAGCAUGAGAAAGGUUGGGUGUAUCCCAGAUGAGUUUACAUAUACUACACUUAUCGAUGGCUAUGCUAAAAAAGGCGACAUAAAAGCAGCUCUUAGGUUUUUAUGUGAUAUGAUGAAGCGAAGAUGCAAGCCGAAUAUUGUUACAUACGCAUCACUAAUAUGUGGAUACUGCAACAUCGGUAACACAGACAGUGCAGAAGUUUUGUUUGCAAGUAUGCAGUCUGAGGGUCUAUUUCCCAAUGUUGUACACUACACAGUUCUAAUUGGUAGUCUCUUUAAGAAAGAUAAAGCAAUCCAAGCUGCAGCGUACUUUGAGCAUAUGCUGCUUAACCAUUGCUCUCCUAACGAUGCUACAAUGCAUUAUUUGGUUAAUGGGCUCACAAACUGUAGGUAUGGUAUGAUCAACUCAAACUGCAGUGAUACUGAUCAGGCUCACAAGAAGAGUGCCCUUUUAGAUGUAUUCAAGGGAUUGAUUUCUGAUGGAUUGGACCCAAGGAUUUCGGCAUACAAUGCUAUAAUCUUCAGCUUGUGUCGACAUAAUAUGCUCGGGAAGGCAAUGGAGUUGAAAGAAAAGAUGUCUAACAAAGGCUGCUUGCCAGACCCUGUAACCUUCCUUUCACUUCUUUAUGGAUUUUCUUCUGUUGGAAAAUCAGGGAAAUGGAGGAGUGCCUUACCUAAUGAAUUUCAGCAGGAUGAAUUUGAGAUAAUCUGUAAGUACAUGACAUUGCUCAAUCAGCAUGUAAUGAGUCCAGUUAGAGAUGAAGUCUCUAGGGUUUUACAGCUAUAUGCUGAGGAGUUUCAGUUCCUACAACAACCAGAGCAGAGUUUUGCUGGUUCUUGACUCAGAGUCGUGGUUUACCUGGCUCUUGGGAUCAGGGUGUAACUAUAAUUUGAAUUUUAGCUUCAGCAACUGGAUACCAAGCAGAACUGCAGAAUAGCAUGAUUUAAAAUGCAAGCAAAGUUGUUAUAGAGUGUUUCCUCAAGCACUCAAUUCAAGACUGGCAGUGCAAUUAGCUAGACAAAUUUUUUGCUGGAGAUCGUCCUUGAAGCUUCUCUUGCAUAGCACUAUAUUUUGGAUUGCUUAUAACCCACAACCCAUCAGCAUUGAUGCAGUACAGUGCAAGCAGCAGUGGAGCAUCAUUGGGAUCAACACGGGCCAUGGCCACCCCUGCAUACGAGUAAUUUGGUAAGCAAAUUAAAUCAGCCGCUCCGUCGUAACAACGCACAGCAGCACUGUUGAACUUCCCCCACCUGUAAUGUAACAUUAGCCAAAAUAUAAGGUAUUCGCAUCUGCAUAUACUUAUGUACAUAGUUGCUGACCAUACCAUCUGAGCUACUAACCGUGUUAGCACAAGAGGCCGCAUGACAAAAAAGUGUUUCCCGGGAUUAUCAUCACUAGAAGUAGGAGCGAUGUAUCCCAAAUAUUCUGUUCAUUUAGUACAAACCUGUUUACUGGAGACAAAAUUAAGGCGUUUAAAUACUUAAAUGCAAUUCUGAUGUUUUCUUCA